UAUUAAUGUUUUGUUCAUUAUGCAGGAAUGUUAUACAGGAAUAUAUAAAAAUUUGCUUUUCUUACAGUAAAUGGCAAAAUGACAGAUAUUGCACAAGUCUCAAAUAGAUGCUAUAAAGAAACUUAUAUCGUGCAUUUUCUUAUAAUAUUAUUCGGCAUAUCUGCUUGGAUUGGUAUCAAUGGGAUAUUUAUUCAAAUACCAGUGCUUAUCGCUACUUCUCCUGAAGGUUGGACAUUACCAGCUUAUCUAGUGUUAGCAAUACAAGCUGCAAAUUUUGGACCUUUACUUUAUGCAAUCUUGCAAUACUUUCAAUGUAAACUAAAUGAACCUUGGUUGAUACUAUGUUUAUUGGUAUCAGGAACUUCGGCAAUGGGACUUCUAAGCUUCUUUUAUUCAGAGAAAAUAAUUAUUGCUGGUGAUGAAUACUGUUUGGUACUAUAUGUUCUAACAUUUUUCAAUGCCCUAGUAGGUUGCUUUAGUUCUGUAUUAUUUAUGCCAUAUUUUCGAAAUUUUAAUGAAAGAUGUUUAACAUCCUACUUUAUAGGAGAAGGAUUAAGUGGUGUACUACCAAGUGUUAUUGCUUUAAUCCAGGGAAUUGGAGAUACUUUAGAAUGUGCAAUUUUUAAGAAUAAUAGUAACAUAGAAUCUCCACAUUCGUUUGAUCUAUAUUUUCCCCCAAAUGUGUAUUUUCUUUUCAUUUCUGUUAUUUUAUUUCUAUCUUUAACUGCUUUUGCUAUUUUAGAAUAUUUUUUGGAUGUUCAAAACACAAAACAAUUUCAUAAUACUAGCAGCAUAGUAUUAAAUGAGAAACAAGCAAAUGUUUCUCAUGAUCAUUAUCUUAAUGGCACACAAAAAGUGGACCAUUAUUUGAUAAAUAAUGACAGGCUUCUAACUAAACAAACACAAAAUUAUUUAUUUACAUUGCUUGGUAUUUUUUGCUUUUUGAGUAAUGGUUUCUUCCCUAGCAUACAAUCUUACUCUUGUUUACCUUAUGGAAGUAUAGCAUACAAAUUAUCAAUCACUUUUGCUCAAUUUGCAAAUCCGUUUGUGUGUUUAUUAGCAUUCUGGUUAAAGGUAUCAAAUGUAAAAGUUAUUAAUUUCUUAUCUGUAAUAUGUUUAAUCGUUGGGAGUUUUGUUACAUAUUUAGCAUUAAUGUCUCCAUCUCCACCAUUACAAGCAACAAAACUUGGCAUUUUUCUAGUUAUUAUAUCAUGGGUGAUUUUGAUAGGACUUACUUCUUAUUUAAAAUUAAUCAUUGUAUCAGUAUUUAGAACUACAGUAUUGCCCAAUAUACUCUUUAAAGCAGGUGUAAUUAUGCAAAUAGGAUCUGCAAGUGGUGCAAUAUUUUCAUUUAUAACAAUUAACUUUACAAAUUACUUUGAAAUGCAUGAUGAUUGUGUGUAAAUUGAAAAUUGAUAUUGUCAAUGUGAUAUCUUAUAUCUAUUUUCAUAUGCUGUAUAUACAGAAUGAUACUUAUUAUAAUAAUACAUUCAUUGAGACAUGUAUUUAAUUGAUUUAUGCAUAUAUAAAAGUGUAACAAUAAUUCUUUUUAUCAGUGUAGCUUUGAACAAAGAAAACAAUAGAGCAUAUAAAUUUACAUUUAUAAAGAUAUUUUUAUAAUUGUACAUGUGCCUGCAUUUAUAAAUUAAAAGAUAUAGACAAAUGAAUAAUACAAAGCAACUGUACAAAUGAAUCUUAAAAAAAUUAGAUAUAAAAAGUAUAUAAAUAA